AUGCCCACCGUUUCUACCGCCAGCACUAUCACCAAAGCAUCUAAGAAGAAGAGCUUCCCUAAGAAGACGUCCACUGACAGAGGCAGCCUCAAGGAAAGUGACGCCCACAUUAGGGAAAAAAAAUUGAAGGACAAGAAGAGAAAGCGUUCUCAGAGAAAGCGUUCUACUAAGAACCCCAAGGAGGACAAGAAGGAGCCUUCCAAGGAAGACGUCUCCAAGUCCACCCCAGCUCAGGUUAAGCCUGUUGAGUCUACUAAGGAAAAGAAGGAUUCGAAGAAGGUGUUGCUCUCCAACGAGGGCGACUCCUAUUACCCAUCCCACUUCUUCACUUUCCAGCUUAUUUUUGAGGGUUUAGUACCACUCAACCCAGGUCAAACUUCUUACCUUGAGCUCUACAUGGCCCAAAAGAAGGAAGAAUGUCCAGAGGUGAAGGAAACUCCUGAGCCCGAGGUCAUUCCUGUUCAGCACUUGCCUGAACCAGUCAACCCAGUUCAGGAAACUCCAGAACCAAAGGGUACCAUAACUCCAGCUAUUUCCCCUAAGCUCGAGGUUUCUAACAGUGUCCAGGCUGCAACACUCUUGCCCUUGGACUUCCCCGUUUUCAAGACCUGGUCGUCUUUGUCUCAGACUGAAAAGACCUACUACCCAGGCGACUUUCACCACUUCAGAAAGUGCCUCAAGGAAGAGGAAGCUUCCUACCUCCCCAAGGAAUUCUUCUUCUGGCAGGACGCCUUAUCCGAAAAGUCUGAGGAGUCUUUUGACAUCGAGGACUUUUUCGAAUUCCAACUAAUUCUGGAGGAGCUCAUGUCUCUUGACCCACUGAAGAAGACCACCAAGUCAAAGAAGGUCUUCCUCGUGGACGACGGACAAUUUUUCGUCACCGACUUAUUCAGCUUUCAGACCAUUGCUGAGAGUCUCGAAUCACUCGACGGUGAUUUGUCUGACUACGAAUUCUGCUUGCGUGAAGAGCAGUUUGAGUUGUACUCCAGUGGAGAAUCGGAACCAGAACCAGAGCCCGUGAAGACUCAGGAGGUCUACUUCCCCGAGGACUUCUGCAAAUUCUUCCAGCUCUGGACUUCCACUCCCAAGUGUAACGAGGUGUUUCUUCCAAACGACUUCUACUUUUGGAAGGAUGCCACAAACGACGAAGACACUCCCACCUUUUUGCCAAGGGACUUUUUCCACUGUCAGAGUGUCUUCAACGAAAAGAUCAACGAGUCCUUCCUUCCCCAGGACUUCAGCUUCUUUCAGAACAUCGUUGAUUCAAAGCCCUCUGUGGUUUCUGAAACCAAUGAUGAAACAAGGGCCUCCAAUCUUCCCCUGGAGCGCCUGACUUCGGAGUUCUUUCCAAAGGGCUUUGUGCCCUGGAAGAGACAAACCGAGAAGGUGACUUCGUACCUUGGAGUCAUUUUCAAGCUUCCGAAGAACUUCCCCACCGAGACUGUAAAGCCUACGGUGAAGCCACAGAAUCUGCAUCCUGACGAGGUUUACGAACUGGAUAGUUCGGAGCAAUCGUCCAUAUUCGACAUGGUCCGCCAUUGGGAUGCAGAUUUGAGUGACUCUGAUUUUGACGUCUGCCUUGAGAAGGUGGACUGA